AUGAUGAGGGGUUUGUUUUCUUUGCUUUACUGUCUCUUUCUCUUCUUGCUUGUUUCUCUUCCAUCCAACACUCUCUCAUUUCUUCAUUCUUCUCACCCUCCUUUGUGCCAUCCCCAAGAAAGCUAUGCUUUGCUUCACUUCAAAAACUCAUUUCCCAUAACCAAUAGUAGUUACUCUUCCCACUACGCAGCUGAGCUUGGAAUUGGCAAUCCUAAUAGUACUACUUCAUGGAAUAUGAGCAAGGAUUGCUGCACAUGGAGCGGUGUCACAUGUGAUGAGCUUACUGGCCAAUCUCUUGUUCUCUCCUACAAUGAUUUUCACUCUUCCAAAGUUUCUACUCAAUUUGGUAGGUAUUCAAGAAUAGUUCACCUUGAUCUUUCUCACUCCUUGUUCAGUGGUAAAGUCCCUUUUGAAUUGUCUUACUUGUCAAAGUUGGUUUCACUUGACUUGAGUUUUAAUCAUGAGUUGAAACUUGAGACAUCUAGCUGGAAAAGAAUUGUAGCAAACCUAACAAAUCUUAGAGAAUUGUUUAUGCAUGGUGUCAAUAUGUCUUAUGUCUCACCCAAUUCGUUUGCUAAUUUAUCAACUUCUUUGACAUAUCUUGAUCUUAGAGAAACUGGAUUGCAGGGGGAGUUUCCAAAAACCAUUUUCAACUUGCCAAACCUUCAAGGGCUGGACUUGAGUUACAACACAAAUCUCAAUGGUACAUUCCCUCAAUAUAAUUGGACAAGCCCACUUGAGAAAUUGAGUCUUUCUCACUCCAGGUUCUUCAUAGACUUGCCUUAUCUUACAAGAAAUCUGAAGUACUUGACGACUCUAUCUUUAGCUGCUUGCAAUUUUGUAGGAUUAUAUCCAACACUACUACAUGCUAACCUCACUCAAAUCACUUCUUUAGACCUUUCUUUCAAUAAUUUUGGGGGUCAAAUCCCAUGGUCUUCUCUGAAUCUUCAAAAGCUUAUUGAACUAGAUCUUUCAUCUAAUAAUUUCACUGGUCAGCUUCCAGAAGUUUGUAGUAGUAAUUCAACAAAAGUUUCGUCUUUGUGCAUCUCUUCAAAUCACCAUGAUUUAGUUGGUGGUCCUCCUUUGAAUUUAAAAUCCUUGAAUUUAUCUACUAACAAACUUAGUGGGACAAUACCAUCAUGGUUAUAUUCCCUUCGGUAUUUGCAGGAGUUAGAUCUAAGUAACAACAACUUCACUGGCUCCAUUCUUGAAUUCCAAUCUGAUUCUUUACUACAUCUAGAUUUACAAUCUAACAAACUAGAAGGUAUCUUUCCAAGCUCAAUUUUUGAACUAGUGAAUCUUUCGUUUCUGUUUCUUUCUUCAAAUAAAUUAAGUGGUGUUGUGUCAUUAGAUCAGUUCUCAAAGUUUAAAAGCCUCAAAUAUCUUGAUCUUUCAUUUAAUAGCUUAUCAGUGGUUGAUUCUAUCAACAAUGUCAAUAGUACCUUGCCAAGAACUCUUUUCUCAUUGGCAUUGUCUUCAUGUGGUCUAACUGAGUUCCCAUACUCUCUUAGAAAUGCUGAAAAGUUAGGAAGCUUGGAGCUUUCCUACAAUCAAAUUGAAGGGGCCAUUCCAUCGUGGCUUUGGAAUGUUGGCAAGGAUUCAUUGUAA